GUGGCGGUGGUGGCUGGCAAGAUAAGACUCUGCUUCCUCAGGCUGGGAAGUCCCUUCUGGAAGGUGGAGAAGGGGGUCAAGCUUGUCCUCAAGCACUAGCCAAGCUCCAGUGGGCCACCUCUGGUGGCUUUGGUGGAGGAGGAGGAGCUUGUACUUCUGGUGGAGGAGGCGGAGGCUACAGAGGGGGACACACCUCUGAUAAUGAUGAUAUCACAGCUGGUGGGCAGGAUGGCAUCUCUUUUGUGAACCCCAUUGGAGAGAUCUUCUUGCAUCCCCUGGCAGCCAUGGAGAGUCAUGGUGAGGUGGAGGUUCAGAUCUACCUUAACUGCAGCCACUGCCACUCAGACAACUGCAAGCGGGACCCUGACACCAACCUGCCAGUCUGCCAGUGUGAGAUGGGGGCUGUGCUAGCCAAUGACAAUGUCACCUGCACUGUGCCCCAGAGUCCUGUCCCAGAGGGACACCUUCCUCUCCCGCUCCUCCUUGCUGUGGUGGCUGUGAUUGUGGUGCUUGGAAUGAUCCUCACUUGUGGCAGCCUAUCUAUCAUAUAUCACCUUAAGAAGCAGCAGCUGGAAGGAGCCAGAGCACGACUGCAGAGCCCAGAAUAUAAACUGAGCAAAAUCCGCACAUCGGCCAUCAUGACAGAUUACAACCCCAACUACUGCUUUGCAGGGAAGGCUGCCACUCUGAGCGAGCUGAAGGAGAUCCCACGGAAGAACAUCUCUCUGCUUCGGGCCCUAGGACAUGGUGCAUUUGGUGAGGUUUAUGAGGGAACUGUGGUAGGCAUUGCAGGGGAUCCCAACCCUCUUCAAGUGGCUAUCAAGACCCUGCCAGAAGUCUGCUCUGAGCAGGAUGAGAUGGAUUUCCUGAUGGAAGCAUUGAUUAUCAGUAAGUUCAAUCACCAAAAUAUCGUGCAGUGCAUCGGUGUUAGCCUACAGACGCUGCCUCGCUUCAUUCUGCUUGAGCUCAUGGCUGGAGGAGAUAUGAAGAGCUUUCUUCGGCAGAAUCGACCCAGGGUGAAUCAACCAUCCACGCUGACAAUGCAGGACCUGCUGAACAUAGCUAGGGAUAUUGCCUGCGGCUGUAAAUAUCUGGAAGAGAAUCAUUUUAUCCACAGAGAUAUAGCUGCGAGGAAUUGCCUUUUGACCUGCACUGGAGCAGGGCGAAUAGCCAAGAUCGGUGACUUUGGGAUGGCCAGGGAUAUUUACAGAGCAAGUUACUACCGCAAGGGAGGAAGAGCCAUGCUUCCUGUCAAGUGGAUGCCACCAGAAGCUUUUCUAGAGGGCAUUUUCACCUCCAAGACUGAUACCUGGUCCUUUGGUGUGCUGCUUUGGGAGAUUUUCUCUCUAGGCUACAUGCCCUACCCUUGCAAAACCAACCAGGAAGUGCUGGAAUUUGUCACCAGUGGAGGAAGAAUGGAUCCACCAAAAAACUGUCCAGGGCCAGUGUACCGGAUCAUGACACAGUGCUGGCAGCACAGCCCAGAGUAUCGGCCAAACUUCUCCACCAUCCUGGAAAGAAUCAAAUAUUGCACACAGGACCCUGAUGUGAUCAACACUGAGCUGCCCAUGGAGUGUGGCCCUGCCCCAGAGGAUGAAGGGAGUACGGUCAUGCGCCCGAACAUUUCCAGUGGGAUAGUGCCCCUGUUGGUAAGCCCUUCUCUCACACCUAAGAUGACGCCUAAAACACUGGACUCCCACCAUGCCGGGCACAAACUUGUUCAAUGUCCACAAGAGCUACUGGUGGAGAACCUGAGCAACCGGACUGCUCGAGGGCCCAGCCUGCCAUGCCUCAGCGAUUUCAGCAGCGGGUCCUGGUUCCAGCAGAGCUCAAACCAGAAGUUGGAGCUCAGCAAUCCACCAACCCACAGACUUAAAAACAAAACGAAAAAUCUUUGGAACCCAACCUAUGGAUCGUGGGUGCUAGAGAACAUCUGUCACUUCAGCCCCGGCUCCAAGCUCAAAGCAACUCCAGAGCGGGAAGAUUCGGGCUUUGAUGGGAAUUGCAGUUCUUCUCCUAGCUCUCGGGCAUCUCCAGCAUCUCCAAGUCGAAGCAACUGCCCUCACCUGGAUAUCGGUGGGAUUGAACUGGUGAAACUCCAGACUUUCCCCUGCGGCAAUGUAAAUUAUGCUUAUGAUGACCUGUGUUAUAGCACUGACCGCCAGCCAUCAGCUUUGGCAGAGGUCAGAGCAGCUGUGCUAAGGAGCUCCAGCCUGCAUAAAGAUGAAAAGCCAUUUUAUAAAACAGAGAAAACAUCAAGAGAGAGGGACUCUGGUCUGUCUUUAUCAGAUGACCUGAGUGUUACUCCAGUAUAACAGAAAAGGUUCUUCCAAAGAUCAGGGAAUGUGUGUGUCUGGAAGGACUGCUUCACGUUUCACUCACUUCCUCCAUUUAAGUUCCUCCAGAUGGGUGAUAUUUCAACAUCAGCAGUGUUCUGUUUCCUCCUUCUACCUGCCGGAUCCCCAGAUGGUUAGACAGUUGCGUUUCUAUCUCUGCCUAUCAAAUGUGUUCCACUGAACCAGCUUAGCGGUGGAGAACAUUGGCAUUGCUGCUCUGAUUCAGGAUACAAUAUUUAGUGAAAGGACUCCUUCUCAAUCUGCUCAGGUGAAAAGAAACAGACCUACCAUCCAGCCACAGCAUUUGGAUGGAAAUAGUGACCAACACACGUUGCACUUCUUUCUGACCGAAGAAACCAAAAAUGCAUGCUGUGCCAGCAGCAACAAACUUGCAAAGGCUUCUAUAUUCCAGAGAGCUUUUUACAAUCCUGAUGACUUACUAAUGACGCUAAUUUACUGUAAGAGCAGUAAGUAAAUAGCAGCCACAUUUGCAUCUCUUUUAUUAGCAGACCCUGUGGAAAAACAUGAAAACGAAGCUACUGCUCAAAUUGGAAGCAGUAGGAAGGAUGUGGAAAAAAAAAAAUAAUCCAGGCUCCUCUGAGCAUGUGCUUUGAAAACAAGCCAUGAAGAGGAAAACAAAUUUACUAUUGAAAAAAAAAGUAGUUGGUGGAAGUGAUAGUAUCCCUUUGAAUAGCAAAGGAAAUGUGCUGCUUGCCUCAUGGUGUUGCUUUCCUCACAGCUCCUGGUGGGGAAGGUGCAGGUGGUUUUCCAAGAAAGGGUGAGCUGCAUGGGGUGAUGAGAAGUGGACUGUCUUUAUCUUUUAAUGGACUUUCCUUGGGAUGAGCUUCAUUUUUGUAAGUUCUUUGAUAUUCAACAGUAAUUUCCUGUACUAUGUUGGUAAGCAUUAAGCUGAGGUUCUCCGGUAGCUGUCUAGCAUUUGGCGACUGGAGUUCUUCAUAGUUUUAAUACCUACUCCUCUGAGGUAGAAACGAAGUAAUGCAGGGGAGGGGCAGAGUGAAGGGAAAUAUAAACUCUACCUUAGGGUGCCCUUUACAGAGGAAGGUAGAAUAGCUCAACCCUUUGAGAACAUUAAAAUCAUGGCUUGACUUGGCUUCACGCACAGAGCAGGUCGUCAUUUCUUCUCGCCUUCCAAGCAUACAGACUUACUGGUAAAGGUGGUUGUUGUUUGUUUUGAAGACAGAUCAUUUCUAAGGCUUUCUUCUGUUGCUUAGGGUCUAAACUGGUGUUUACUGGUUAAAGCCUGCAUAAUGACGACAUUGAAAAAAGUAAAUAAUUUGGAUUGAGCCGGAACAAUCUCAGAAGCAUUUUGUCCUUGUCCCACGCCUGAAUGUUGCACUGCCAGCCUACGGUGGCAACUUACACGCUGCCUUCAGGUCUAAUCACGUUGUAUGGUGAGCUGUCAGUUGUAGACUGUCUGGUUCCUGUCUGAGGGAAGAGGUGCUCUGGUACAAGCUUCAUGCUUAGCCAUCAGCUGUAUGUACAGUCGGAAGAUGUGGGCUGUCAGGAGAGGGUUUGCUUUGACCACACAGACUUCCUGUUCUCUGCGUCAUUCAGGGAUGGACACUACUGAGGUGUGGUACAGAAAAGCAGAGUGAAGAGUCUGAAUCCAUCGUGAGUGAAAUCCAUCUUCAGCUCAGGAUUAUGCUUUGUUGCUCUGACUUGGUAUCUGUUCCAAGCUUCCUAUAGUUUUAGGCCUUUGGCUUUAGAAUGAAUAGUUUUCUAUGCAAUCAUUUCCAGAGCGGUGAUGAUGGCUGCCUUUCAGCAAUGACCCAUAUCGCAUGGAAAUAAUUCCAAAUCCAUGUUGGGAAAUGACGGAUGGUCAGAACAGAGAGGUCACCCCUGUGCAUGGGCAAAUUCCAGGAGUGGUGGUGACUGAGGGAGAUGGUUGCCCUAGCCUCAUAUGCCCUUCUUUCCACUUCACCUUUGCUUUAGCUCUCCGGCUUCUCGGUUUAGCUCAUUGCCCAUCCUGUCUCAUGUCCAGGAACUGCUACAGCUCAGUUAGAUGAAGCAGGAAAGCCCCGUGAGCAGGAAGUUUUCUCAUUCUUUCCUCUUGCAAAGGCUGACAUUUUUUGAUCCUGUUUGAGCCUGGCCACCUCUGGAACAUGCUGGUCAAGAAUAAAUACAUCUGCUCUUAGCUAGUCGGAGUAACACCAGCUCAUCUUCAACAGGCUUACCUUUUGGAUUAUGUUAGUCCUAUGGUGUAUGCAUCAGUAGUUUUUCCCCCAAAGGGGAGCUACCAAACUCUCCAACAGUUGUGACUGAGGGUCAGCAACUCGGGCCCUCCCUCCCUGCAUAUGUGGUAAGGCCACAGCAGGGUGCAGCGAUCCUAGUUCAGCUGCAGGGGAUGUGACUCCGGAUCGCUUUCCAACCCUUGUUUGUAACAGGCUCUAUCCUGAGCAGAGCUCAGGCAUGACAUUCUCCUCAGCCAUCAGUAUGGGUGGGAAAUUGAUGGUGAGUGACAUACCGACUUGUUCAGAAGCCAUGGGAAGUUACACCUUUCCUUUCUGCAGACUUUUUAUAAAGUAGCAGGCACAAGAUGGUUCUUCAUUUUUUUCACAUGGAAAUGACUAUAAAACGCCUUAAGAUUGCAGUGAGAAGGAGGCAGGAUCCCUGCUGGCCAUAUGGUUACCCAGCUUGAGCUACCAUUGUCUUCCCCAUAUGCAGCACUUGCCUCAAGUUAAUUCACGAAUUUAGGAAGGCCAAUAGUUAUAAAACUAGGCAAGCCCUUGAAAAGUGAAGUGAGAGAAGAACACCCUUCUAUUACCAAUGCCACAUGCAGUCUUGGGUGCAGCUAUGCCUUCAUUUUAUAAACAAAAUGCAAGUUCUUCAGUCCAGCACUUUGGGCAAAUACCUGUUCUUACUGAAGAGCUGUGUCAACAUACUUAUUUAAAGGAAGAGCGUAGACAAAGCUGCACUGAGCCAGAAUAACACUCCACCCUGCCCAGUAUCUUAUCUCUAAGAGUGACCAGUGGUGGGGAGUUGCAGGUGAGCAGUGAUUAGUUCCUAGACAUAGUUGCCUGGUUUCCAACAGGGGACCGGGGACAUACUGAGCCAGAUGCAGUGUCUUGUAAUGAGACAGAACAUGGAGCUGCACAUACCAAAUGGGCACCAAAAGAAAGAGCCAGGAAUUUUAAAAGAAUCUGCAUUAGCAACCUGAAUGUUAUACAAACUCUUCACUCUCUCAAACGGAACUAAAAGUCAAUUAAAUUCUGGCAGCAGUUGACAUGACUCUUUGACCUAUAACAGUUUUUCUGUGCGUAUUUGAUCUCUUAGUUGCUUUUAAAAACCCUCACAGAUAAUGAAUUUUUGAUUAACAUCCUGGAGGAAAUAAUGCUAGUAUUGCUCCUGUUGUAAUGCUGAAAUGCUCCAUGCCAUCCACACCAUAUUAUCUAAAAAGAAAAAUAACAAUCGCAAUGACAUACAGUACAACCUUCACUCCUACAGGUCUGAGACUGAAACUUACUGUUCAUACAAUCACAGAUUUCAUAGUGCUCAACUGAUAUUAUUUCAAAAGAUAACUAGCUUGAAACUGUUUUCUAAGGAGACACUUUCAGUGCAUAAUCAAUGAGUUGAACCCAUAGUGUCAAAAUUAGAUUACUUUGGCAACUGAAAGCCAAAACCCAAUUUUGUUUCCUCGAGGAAUGACAUGAGCUGGAGAUCUGGGACUAAUUCAGUCUUGUGAUCCAUGUGAAAAGUCUUCCAACGCUUCCCCCCUGGAGAAUCAGCCAUUUAUAGGAUUAUUAUAAAUCACUCUUCCUGACGUGUGUCUGUUUUUUAACAUGUUACCAACUUGUUUUUAGAUGUGUGCGUAUAUAGUUGUUGGGGUGUUUUUUCAUCUGGACUUCGCAUUAGUACUUUAUGUUGCUUCAUACAACCUCAUACCUACAUUUUAAGGAAGGGACUGAAUAACAAGAGGUGAAACAAUAAUGCAAAUUCAGAUUUGUCUUUCUCUGCUUUCUUUUCACAUUUGUUGAUACUCUUGCUUCUGAUUUCAUUAUCUUUUCUCUCCUCAACGUGUUUUGUAUCUUAAUUUUCCCUUUAAAGAAACAGAAGUUGUAACUGCACAGGUUUUAAUGCGUUCCUUCAUAUCAACCCUUUUUCUGAGGCAAGUUCUCCACUGAUUUGCCAAUGGGCAGGUGUGCACCAAGAAAGCUUUACAAGUCUAAUUAAACAGUUAUGCGCUUUUACAAGUGUAACUUAUUCCACCCUCCAAUACCUUCCCCCUACUUACCUGAAAGAGAAGAAAACGCUACUGCUGGGAGUAGGAUUUUCCCCAGUGAAUUUGCAUCUCCACGGCUGCGUCAGCCGGGGACCGCACUU